AUGUGGGCAGCUCUCAAAGCCGACAUGACCGAGUUUGUCACGACCGUCAAGGCCGAGACGACGGAAACUUUGACUGCUUUGGAUCAAGGUUUGGACGAUGUGAACGAUGAGCAUAAUGACGCGAGUGGUGCCAUGAUUGAUUUGGGAACUGGCAUGGCCAUUGACAAUGAUGAUGAUGAUAAUAAGAAUGCUGCACCUGUUCCUGUUCCGAAACAGCCUCCUUCCAAGGAAGAAAUCCUGGAAUACUUGUAUUCCUGUGAGCCUGUCUUUCGGGAUCCCCUGACGGAACACGAAGAAGAAGCCAUGAAUGAGUUCCAACUAGACGAAAAGACCCAAGAGAUAACCAAAUUGUUGGAAGAGCAUCCUGAAACGCUUCGAGCGACCUUUGAACAAUUGACAAGUGAAGUGGAGUAUGCUGACUUUUGGAAUCGGUAUUAUUGCCGAUUGAGUGAAGAAAACCUAGAAGAAACAUUUGCCAAUUAUUACAUCGAGGAAAAUGAGGCUACUGGACCAUCUGCCUUGAGCAGUGUUACCAACUUUUUGGGAGGUGCCGUAGCCAGACUCGUUGAAGAAGGAGAAGAAGUUCAGAAUCGUUCGGGAGGAGCCUCUGCCAAGAGUGCACUAGGGUUCUUAACACGAGGUGGACGUCCGCCCUUUGUACUCAAUACAGCUGUCAGUAGCGAUGAUGACGAAGAGUAUGAAGGAGAACAACAACAAGAUUCUUUUGAGGAUGAAGAAGACUUUGGCUGGGGAGAAGAUAGUGAGGAAGAGGAAGAGGAUGACGACGAAAAUGAAGGUGAUUAUGAUGGUGGUGGCGAAGUUGUAGAGUUCAAGGAUACCGAAAAGGAAGACCUUAAGCAAAAGCUUGCACAAGCCAUGGAAGAAAGACAUCAAUUGCAAAAGACUAUUGAAAUGCAGACGGCCGAGAUUAAAGAACUCAAGGUCAAAGAGGCUGAGGACGACAAGGGACAUGCUUCGGCAACAGCCGAAGAGGCAGCAGCACCCGCGGAUGCCGCCUUGAAACAAGAGCUGGAUGCUCUCAAAAUGGAGCUAUUCGAAAAGGAGUCCGAGUUGGCUGGUUUGAAACUGAAAAUGGACGACAACAACAUGGAACAUCAACAUCAGAGCGAAGAAAUCUCGGAAGAAAUGCAGGUACACUUGAACGAAAAGGACGGAAAAAUUGCUAGUUUGGAAGCACAAUUAAACUCGUUCCAGGAAAAUGCUUCCAACGCCAAUGAUGCCCUCCUGGCUCAAACCAAGCAAGAAAAUGAAGAACUACAGAAAUCUAUGAACGACUUUGUUCAUCGGUGGCAAGAUCAAGAAGCAAAAAAUACUGCAUCCGCACAAGCCCUCGAAAAGUCGCAAGCGGAAAACGAGGAACUCGGUGAGGAAGUUCAGUCACUCAAGGACCAACUCGCGGCCCUACAAAAAGACUUGCAGAUUGCUAAUUCCGCAGCAGCUGUUGCUGCAUCUUCUCAAGGAGAUGAUACUGGCAAUAAUGCUCUACAAGAAGAGCUGCUUCAAGCCAAACAGCAAGUCUCCACUUUGCAACAAGAGGCGUCCAGUGUCAAGAGUCAACUGGAGGGAUUGCAAAAGGAGAACCAAGAACUUGUCAGCCAAUUGCAGGCGUCCCAAUCCAAGGAACAAGAUCUAAUCAAGAAUUUGGAUCAAGCGAAGGCACUGCUACAACAAGCCGCAAACGAUGCUGCGGGCAUGGACACGUUGACACAGGAUAAGGAAGCACUGGCUGCAGAAUUGCAAGCAGAAAAGGUCAGGCAAGCUAGUUUGCAAGAGGAAUUGCAAUCCACAAAGGCCUUACUUUUGCAAACCCAAGUCGAAUUGGAGAAUGCCAAGACACAGCAGCAAACCCAAUCUGAAUUAUUGGAGACCAAGACACACUCGUCUGCUGGAUCACAGUCGACAGGAAUCAAAGUACCUGAGCCAGCAGCAUUGGUACCAGAUGUUGGUGAUGAUGGUGGUGGUGGUGACGAGGAUGUCGAAGCCGAUGCUGACGAUUGGGGUGAUGAUUGGUAA